CGCAGGGACGCAUCUCCUUCAAAAAGAACAAGACCGCAUCGGCUCAAGACCACCUGGUGCCGGUUGAGAUGCGCCGCGCAAAUUCCGAUCCGGGAAACGAAGGAGAAGGGAGUCUGAAUCAGCUGGGCGGUGUGUUUCUGAACGGCCGUCCCCUGCCCGUCUAUAAACGGAGACUGAUGAUCGAGCUCGCGAACGAGGGGCUGAGACCGUGUCAGAUCUCCAGAAUACUGAAGGUCUCCAACGGCUGUGUCAGUAAGAUUUUGGGCAGGUUUCAGCGCACAGGGUCCGUUGGUCCUAAGGCAACGGGAGGCAGCAGACCCAGGCUCCUGACCCCGGACGUUAUCUCCAUCAUUGCCCAGCACAAGCGGCGGAACCCCGCGCUCUUCGCCUGGGAGAUCCGGCAAAAACUGGCCACGGAUCGAGUCUGCAGAGGAGAUAAAGUCCCCAGUGUGUCUUCCAUAAACCGUAUUCUCAAGAAGAUUGAUGUAGAUGCGGACGUGAUGAACAGUGCGCACCCGAGCGUAAAACACAGUUACUCAGAGGAACGGCUGGACGAGCAGAGGAGUUUACACGCAGCAGCUCAGACAAAUCAGCCGCUAAUGAACAGAGGAACCUCUCAUCGCGGCAGAACGGCGUUCACCUCAGAUCAGAGCGAGAGGUUAGAGAAAGAGUUUAUCCGUGGGCUUUAUCCUGACCUUCUGACCAGAGAAAAGCUGUCCGAGGAGACAAACCUUCCAGAGAACACUAUAAAGGUUUGGUUCUCCAAUCGCAGAGCGAGAAUGAGGAGGGAGCAAAAGGAAGAACCGAGUGACUGUGGAUCACUGGGUGUAACUAGGCCAAGGUUUCUGGGAAGCAGGAAUGCUAUGAUUUCGUUGACAGCAACAUCUGGCAGCUCAUUGGACGGCUGCUUGGCUCACCACUACACGCAAUCUACUUUUCCAAUGGCCCAUCACACAGACAGAAACACGUUCCCAUUGGCCCAUUUGGACUCGAGCGCGGCGUCAACGUGUCUGUCGGAUCGCACAGAGAGAAAUGAGGAAUCAGCUUACCGGUUGGUUCCUUUCGUCACAGAUGAAAGGAUGUUAAUGACCAGCCGUUCACAGUGGGCUUCUCAUCAGUCUCUGAUUGGACAGGAUGUUGCAAUGUUUUGAAUUCCAAAAUAGAACGUUCAUGGACAUUGAUGUUGUGGACAGUAGAGGGCAGCAAAGGAAAGGAAUAGCGCCCUUCUUGUGGAAUGUGUGUGUGUGUGUGUGUGAAAAAAAUAAAUAAUAUGAAUUAAAAUAAUUACAUAUAUUAUAUAUACCUAUAUUGCAUUUCCACAGGGUUUGCACAGGUCUUAUGACAAUUAAUAAUAAUUUAAUGAUUUAUUAAUUAAAAUGUAAAAAUGUAAUGGUUUUUGUAGUGGACACAACAUUUAAUGCAACGACUUUACAAAUUAAAGACUUUAGGCUCAGGUUUAAGACUUUUUAUUGUAUUGACUUGUAUUGACUUGAAUUUUUAAGACCUGCCUAUUUAUAAUUUAUAUAAUUUUGCAGUGCACCUUUCAAUCAAUGUAUGUGUAUGUAUAUAUAUUACUGCUGUCAAAUGAUUA